AUGGCUGGAAGAGUCCGGCAAGUGGAGAAUAGUGCAAGGCUGAUUAUCUUAUUUGGCAUGUUAAUAAUGGCCCCCAUUAAAGCAGAUCCAGAGACCAGACUUUUAGCCUAUGGAUGCAGCCCUAUCCCCAACAGCAAUGCCACACGCUUUGCGCAAAAUUUAAAGGCGGCUCUCGAUUAUGUGUGUAGAAAGGAUAAGUCCGCUGCUGAUUGCGCUACCUGCAUCAAGGUAGAAAGAAUACAAGCUGCCAACUGUACCAAAGUUACCGGCGGGAGAGCAAGCUACGACGGAUGUUUUGGGCCGUCUAAUACCACAGUCUAUGGACUUGCCUCGUGUAUACGUUCCCUUCAAAUGGAUUCCUGCCAAAAGUGCCUCGCUAUUGCCCUGGACAACAUAAAUAAGUGUAUUCCUCGCUCUCAGGGACGGGCUGUAGACGCCGGCUGCUACUUGCGAUACGAUUCGCAACCCUUUUAUCCAAGCAAUGUGACUAUCGAGUUGAAACAUUUCUUAGCCGAAGGGAAGAAGAAGGUGAGUUCUACAGUGUGGAUAAUAAUUGGUGUUGUGGGAGGGGUAUUCAUACUUGGCCUUAUAACUUGUUUCCUUGCCUUCCGGAAGCGGAUGAUGCGCCCAAGCCAGAAACAAGUGGAUACUGAAGGAGCAACAGAACUUCGUGGGCCGGGAGAUUUUGAAUUCAAGAUUCUGAAAAGGGCAACCAACAAUUUUGAUGAAGCAAAUAAGCUUGGAGAAGGAGGGUUUGGUCAAGUAUUCAAGGGUACGUUGAAAAAUGGCAACGUUGUAGCAAUAAAGAAGCUGACACUAGGUCGCUCUCCCCGCGCAAUUGCUGAAUUCGAAAGCGAAGUGAAACUCAUUUCUAAUGUUCAUCACAGAAAUCUUGUGCGUUUACUUGGAUGUUGCAGACAAGGCCAAGAAAGGCUCUUGGUUUAUGAGUACAUGCCCAACAGCAGCCUCGACAGAAUAUUAUUUGGAGAACAUAUAAAAUCUUUGAGUUGGAAGGAAAGGUUCAACAUUAUCCUGGGCACUGCUCGUGGUCUGGCCUAUCUCCAUGAGGAAUUCCAUGUCUGUAUCAUCCAUCGUGAUAUUAAAUCAAGCAAUAUAUUACUUGACAACAACUUUGAGGCAAAAAUAGCAGAUUUUGGGCUGGCAAGACUUCUUCCACAUGAUAAAACUCAUGUCAGCACAAAAUUUGCAGGAACCUUUGGAUACACGGCUCCAGAAUAUGCUAGCCAGGGGCAAUUAACAGAGAAAGCUGAUACCUACAGCUUUGGUGUGGUGGUUCUUGAAAUAAUCAGUGGCAGAAAAAGCAUUGACUUGAAUCAGCCACCUGAUAUGCAAUAUCUGCUUGAAUGGGUUUGGAGCCUACACGAAGAAAACAAGGUUUUAGAGGUGGUGGAAGGAGAAGAGAAGAUGGAAGGGUAUAAUGAAGAAGAGGUGGGGAGGGUAAUAAACCUUGCGCUUCUAUGCAUACAAGGUUCUCCUACUCAUAGGCCAUCAAUGUCUGAGGUUGUGACAAUACUGUUAAGCAAAGCUGAGUUUGAAUUUCAGAAACCUCUGCAGCCAGCAUUCAUAUACGUGGGGUACAAAGUACGCGGAGAAAAUUCUCCUUCAUUCGAAUCAGUUGCUAUGAUUACAGAAUCCCUUUAUUCUCGUUAG